GGAGAGUGGAGUCUGGACUGGGUCCUGAGGCUGGCGCACUCCCAACUCCGCAAAGACCCACUCCUCCCUCCUAGGUCAGUCCAGGUGGGAGGAUUUGGUACGUAUAGGUGCAGCUGCCGCCAGGCUCGCCCCCACGUAAUGAAUACCCAGCCCUUCGUGCGUACCUGCGAGCCCCGCCCUCUAUGCUAAUGUCCGUCAACUGCCAACCUCUUCUGCGGGACCGCCCCUUAUGCUAAUAUCCAUCAAUCUCCACUACCCUGUAUUGCUGGAAGGCCCCGCCCACCUUGUAAAGAGCAACCAUCCCUCUCCCCGCCCUCUAUGCCAGUGUUCACCUGUCUGGCAGGCUCCGCCCCUAUGCUAAUAUCCACCAACCCUCUACCUCGCCGGCGGGCCCGCCUCCUAUGCUAAUGAACCCUCUCCCACAAGGCAGCGCGCGGGCGGACCGGUCUUUGUGCCGGUCCGGGGCUCCACCGAGGCGCGGCGGCAGCAUGAGCGGCUCAGGCGCUGCGGGGGCGUCGGCCAGCCCCGCGCCGCCCGCGCAGGAGGAGGGCAUGACUUGGUGGUACCGUUGGCUGUGUCGCCUGUCAGGCGUGCUGGGGGCCAUCUCUUGUGCCAUCUCCGGACUCUUCAGCUGCAUCACUAUCUACCCUCUGAAAAUCGCCGCUGGCGUGUGGAUGAUCAUGAACGCCUUCGUGCUGUUGCUGUGUGAGGCGCCCUUCUGCUGCCAGUUCGUGGAGUUUGCAAACACAGUGGCUGAGAGGGUGGACCGGCUGCGCUCCUGGCAGAAGGCUCUCUUCUACUGUGGGAUGGCCGUCGUCCCCAUCAUCAUGAGCCUGAGCCUGACCACACUGCUGGGCAAUGCCAUCGCCUUUGCCACAGGGGUGCUGUAUGGACUCUCUGCCUUGGGCAAAAAGGGUGAUGCCAUCUCCUAUGCCCGGAUCCAGCAGCAGAGGCAGCAGGCAGACGAAGAGAAGCUGGCAGAGACCCUGGAGGGGGAGCUGUGACGAGUCCACAGUGGGGUCCAUGAGCUUCUAUGGAGGAGGCAGAGCACCAGCCCUAUGGGACAGCCUGGGAGAGGACCCCCCGCUGCCUGACCCUCUUCUGCCAGCCUGUUCUCCAAGCCUGGGGCCCUGACUUGGCUGGUGCUCAGGGCCUGGGCUGUAUGGCCCAUCUCAGUGCAGUGGGGGUGGCCACCUGGCCUGAUCCUGCCAGCCUGGCUUAGUGGACUGGGCUUCUGGUGGGUCUGCAGGCCUCACGUGAUAGGGUCCACCCCAAGCCUAGGAGCAGCUUCCCCCAGACACACUGGCCCUGGCUGGGAGUUGAGGGGCAUGUCACCUGGGCUCUGGACUCCCCAACCAGGUCCCUGAGGCCUGAGCACUGAAGCAUAGGGAAAGUCUCCCAGCUCUCCUGGCAGGUGGAGUUCCAAUCCUGCCCAGUUUCCCUGUCCUCAGGGCAGAGGUUGGGGAGAACAAUGUCUCCAAGCUGACUGCUGCUGCCCAGGGACAUGGCCAGUCCUCUGGGAGGGAGCCCAUAGUGCUCCCAAGAUGCACCCCUGCCCCCACAGCAGGCCUGGCAGUGGCUGGCUGGUCAGGUGGACCCACUCCCAGUCCCUGGCAUGUUGGACAGGCUCCUCCAGGUACCCUAGCUGCUCUGCCUUCUCAGCUGACCCAGGCUGCUGGCUUCUGCCUCUCACUCCACCUCAGGCCCUGGUGCUAAGGGGGUGGGGAGGGGUGCUUAUAGGGUCCCACCCACUCCUCUGCUGUGGUCCUGUUGGUGGUAGCAGCUGCAGCAGCCUGUAGUAGGGACUGAGCUUGGUCCACCUCAGGUAUGCUUGCCAGCCUGCCCCUGGGGAGCUUCCUGCCUUUGCAGAGCUGGGCAGAAGCCAGAGCCCAUCUCCCCCACAGAGCUGUAUCCCCUGUCCCAGUGCCAGGCCACCAGGCACAAGCCCCUAUGCAGGCGCAUGGGGAAGCGGGGACCCCUCCUGGAUGUAUCCGUUCAUGGCCCUCAUCCUCCUGCCACACUGCUGACUCUUCCUCCUGCCCUCUGGCCUUGACCCUGCUUUGAUUAGCAGAUUGGCUCUUGGCCACUAAGCAUAUGUCUGACAAGGUCUGGCCAUGCCUGGACGGGCCUGGGCAGAAUAGGCUGCUGUGGAAAACGCUGCUUCUGGGCCCAGCUCCCUGUCUCCCUCCCUCCCAAACAGAGGUGGGCCUGCAGUGGACCCCCAGGUGGGCCUGCAGUGGACCCCCAGAACUCAGGGACUGGCUCUUGCUCCCAGGAAAGCAGCCCCAGGUCUGUUUCCCAGGGGGAACAUGCAGGCCUGCAGAGUUUGGGGCUGGGAGCAGGGCCUCUGCCCAGCACUGCCCCAGGACACGUCAGUGGGGUCUGGAGUGGGCCUUGGCCCUCUAGGAUCCCGGCCAGGCUCAGUCCUAGGUUGGUGGGACACGUGCCUUCAGGGUUCCUUAAGGGCUACCAUCCUCAGGCCCAUGCUGGGCUCAAAGGGCUAUGCGUGUGUGUGCAGUGGUAAGACCCGUCUACCUCCCGGGAGGAGCAGCCCUGUCUGCCCCCCUGCUCACUUGUCUGGGUGUGGGGCUUGAGUCACUCCUGCCAGGCCCCAACCCUUUCAGAGGGACCUUGCUGCAGGUGCAGGGAGAGGAGGUACUGGCUGUGCUAUUAAGGAAGGUGACAUCCACCUUGAGGGGAAACCCAUUGCUGGGCUGGGCAGGCCACAGGGUGGGUCGGAGGCAGGAGGGCCUUGGUCACAGGCCAGAGUGGGGUGUUGCUUGCCAGGAGAUUCCCAGGUGGCCUGCAGUCAGCUCUGGAGGCCCGCAUUGGGGGCGGGGGACAUCACUGGGACUCCAGCCCCACACCUCCUCUGUGCCCGUUCCUGGUGGGCUCCUCCACGCGGCUGCAUUUUGAGCAGUAAAGCAGGGCUGCAGUUCCUCCGCUU